AUGACUCAUUGUCCCCAGGAAGCAGGUAGAAGACCGGCACCGGAGAACCAGGACACCGAAAUAGCUGCAACGGGGGAACGUCGGAAGUGGGCGCUGUGGCUCAGGCAAAUAGCUGAUCAGCGACGUGCUUGGUGUUGGCACCCCACUGAUCAGAUAUUGAUGGCCUUUCCUAAGGAGUCCCAUGGUAUAAAGAAAGAUGAAAGGGAAUCAGUGUUGGAGGGAAAACAAGGAGAUUUAGAAAAUUCAAGCACUGCCACAAAGGAUGGACGAAGGAGGCUAUCAAUCAAUAAUAAUGGUGUCUCUGUGGAAGAUGAAACAAUAUCUUCUAGUCCAGAAGAUGGGAAACAAGGAGUUAAAGCAAUCAAGCAAUUUGGAAGGAAAAGCUUUUACAAGGACAAAGAAGAAAUCAAGAAAAAGAAAAGUAAUCACAGUUCUGAUCAAAUACAGAAGAGUGAAAUCAACCCAACAUCAAAAUACAUUUACCCUUGGGACAAAAUAAACCUAAAGUCUCUAGAUAUUGACACAAGUGUUUUUGAAAAGCUGGACCCCCAUGCUAUAAAGGUGACUGGUACGACACUGGAACAGUUAGUAAGAGAACUUACAUGUGACACUAACACAGACUUGGAGAAGACAAGAGUUAUCUGGAUGUGGAUUUGUCAUCAUAUAGAGUACGACACAGCAGGGUUAAAGAAUAAAGGACUGGUAUCCUCUGACCCAGAAGAUGUCUUUAGGAACAAGAAAGGUGUUUGUACAGGAUACAGCUCGCUCUUUGAGCACAUGUGCAGACUUGCUGGUGUACUCUGCCAGUCAGUUAGUGGCUACAGCAAGGGGGCAUCAUUCAAGCCUGGGCAGUCAGUAUCCGGGGACUCAGACCACACGUGGAACAUGGUAUUUUUGGAAGGACGUUGGCACCUGCUGGACAGCACAUGGGGAGCUGGUCAAGUGGAUGAAAACAUAAGCAAGUUUAUUUUCCAGUACAAUGAGUUCUAUUUCUUGACUCAUCCUGCUCUCUUUAUUGGCGAUCACUAUCCUGAGAAAGCAGAUUUUCAAUUACUGGAGCCCAGAGUGUCCCAGAAGCAGUUUGAACAAAGUGUUCACUGCAGAAGCCACUUCUACAGCCUAGGACUGCUGUCCUCUCAGCCAGAAACAGCUGUUACUGAAACAGAAAAUGGGAAAAUGUCCAUCAUGAUAGAGAGUCGGCACAACCUGUCCUUCCUCUUCAACCUACAAGAAACGGAAGAUCCUGGUCUGCUACAAGUCAUGGGCCAUGAAGUGAAGUUUGAUAUUUACCCUCAAAAGACUGGACAACAGAUUUUACAAAUUUAUGCAAGAAGACAAGAUACAAAAGAAGCUUACCAGAUGGUCGUGGAUUACAAAAUAGACUGCAGGUCUAUUCACACCAAAAUAAAGAUUCCUAAAUGUCUUAGUAACCCUGUUGGUCCAAGUCAGUUGUCAGAGCAAACAGGACUUCACUCCCCUUCACACAAAGAUCCGGUCAUCUAUACAGAAGAUGGAUGCUGUACUAUUAGUUUUAUGAUGGACAAGGAGCUAAAACUUAAAGCUAGUCUCAAAUCUGAAGAAGGAAAAAAGAUUUUCAAUCAUGUCAUUCAACAUGUACAAGACCAAAAAGUGGAGUUUAGAGUUCAUCUCCCACAAUCUGGUCAUUACGUUCUCAAGAUAUUUGAAGCUGUUAUGGGGUAUAUCUGCAACUAUCUUAUAAUAUGUUCAAAUCCCAAAAUCAAAUGUCUACCAUUUCCUGGUUUAUUAUGUAACCCAGUUGGCCCAAACCCAGACACAAUAAAGGCCGGUCUUCAGCCUUCACACCUGGACCCGGUCAUUUAUACUGAAGAUGGAUGUUGUACCAUCAGUUUCAUACUCAAGAGCUACAUGAAACUGAGCAGCAGCUUGAAGUCUGACAAAUUACAGACUAUACUACAUCACGUAAUACAAAGGGCAGAAAAGCAUAAAGUUGAAUUUAACAUACAUCUUCCCCAAUUUGGUUCUUAUGUUUUCCAGAUUUUUGACAGUAAUAAUGGAUAUAUUUGCAAUUACCUAUUGCAAAGCUCAAAUCCUCAAGUCAAAUGGCCACCGUUUCCAACUAUUCUCCAAAAUCCAGUGGGUCCCAGUCCAGACACAGAACUGGCGGGACUUCUUAACCCCUCACAUCCAGACCCAAUUGUCCACACGGAAGACGGAUACUUCACCCUUAGCUUUUCUACUAACCGAAUACUGAACAUGACAGUUAGCCUAAAGUCUGAAGACAUACAGAUCACCCCAAAUGGUAUGCAUGUUAUACAGAGCAUACAGAAGCAUAAGUUAGAGCUUAAUGUUUAUCUGCCAGGUCCAGGUUCUUAUGUUCUCCAGAUAUUUGAUGGAACAGCUGGAUGCAUCUGUAACUAUCUAGUAAAAUGUUCAAAUCCCAAAGUAAAAUGGCCACCUUUCCCUUCUAGCCUUCACAAUCCUGUUGGACCAAAUCCAGAUACAGAGAAGGCUGGCCUCAUUCAGCCAUCACACCCUGACCCUAUAAUUCAUUCAGAAGAUGGUUGUCUCACUGUCAGUUUUGCACUGUUGCGGGAUCUAAGUAUUUUUCCUACAUUACACAGUGAUGAAGUAAAAGUGACACCAGAGAUGACCCAAAGACAUGUCUUCCAGACUCUAACAGAAGGCAAGGUACAAAUCAAGGUACGUCUACCACAGUCAGGAACCUAUGUUCUGCAUGUGAAUGUCAAACCUAAAAACAGUAACAUGUACAAACACCAAUGUAACUACCUCAUCAUAUGCAAAAAACCCACAGUGAAAUGGCCACCAUUUCCAUUAGCAUACACAGACUGGGAUGAACAAUAUGAUCUUAUUAAGCCACUGGAAGGUGUUCUACAUGAAAACAACAAUGUUGCCUUCAAGCUUCAGAUUCCCAAUGUUACUGAAGUGAGUGUAAAGGGCAAGGAUUUAUUUCCUUUGGUCCUGAGCAAUGAUGGUUACUGGGAAGGGUCUUGUAGUACAGAGGAUUGUAACUACAUGUAUGUUGUUAUAAGUUCUAAAGGUGACCCCACAACUAGGAAGUUUGUUUUGCAGUAUCAUGUGGGGGAGAAGAACCUGCAGAGAGGAUGGAACAGAACUGCUUCAUUGAGAUGAAUACAU